AUGUGUAUAAUGCCAUGUUUAAGGAUUAGUGUUGUCACUCAUAUUUUCUGCCAGGGACCACCAGGGAAUGAUGGACCUCGCGGACUUAAAGGUCACAUUGGACAGGAAGGUAAGGUGGGAAACAGAGGACUACAUGGAAUUGAAGGGCCAAUGGGCAAAAUUGGAGAUCCAGGUCCAAAAGGAUUUCUAGGCAACACAGGCAGCAGAGGUCCGGAUGGAGAGAGAGGUGAUCCUGGACCAAAAGGAGAAAGAGGUGCACCUGGAGACCCAGGCAUUAUGGGUCCUCAGGGGGAGAGAGGUCAGUCAGGCCUUACUGGCUUACCUGGGGUCAAAGGUCAACCAGGGUCUCCAGGUAGCCAGGGUGAAGAUGGUGAAGUGGGUCUCCAGGGAAUGAUCGGAAAGGAAGGCCCAAAGGUCAGAGCAGUUUAUAGCAGUUUAUGACUUUCAGGUGGAGCAAUAAGAGACAAAUAUCAUCUGGAAAA